UGUCAUUUAAGAGAGUUAAUAUGAAUUAAUAAUAAUAUUAAUCUUCCGAAUACUUUAAUUUACAUGUGAAAUAUAUUUCAAAUUACAAAUACAAAAUUCAUUUCUUUGAGAGAAAAGCAAUUAAGAUUUUGACACAAGAAUAUUGACAUAUUAAACGUUGUGUAACAUAUAAUAAACAUGUUUCUUCCCUUUGGACGCGAAUUCUUGUAUUGCAAAAAAAAAAUAUUUGCGAAAAAGAUGAAAAAAGAUGAUGAACGGGAUGAAUAAGCGAGAAUAAAAUGAAUAUAAGUGAAUAUAGAAAUAAAUUGAUAAAUGUCUGACCAAAGCCCAAAUUGCGUGAAAUCCGGGAUAUUCCUAAUUGAUAUUCCACGAAAAGAUUUGUCCUUGUUACAUAAAUUAUAUAAUUAUAUUGUACAAAAAAACCUUGAAAACUUGAUAAUAAUAAAACUUUGUUUAUUCUUUUUAUAAAUUUAAAAUUUAAUUAAACACAAAGCACAAAAACUAUAAAUGAUGACGUGAUUCAAAAACUCUA